AUGACAGGGUUCAAGAAGGAAUACUUGCAAGUCUUCGGCCUCAUGAUGCCCUUAGAAGAGCUAUUGAUUACAAAUUAUAGUGGUAUCAUGUUUCCAGAUUGGUUGGGCCAUCCAUCAUUUUCUAAACUUGUGAUACUUACUUUGCGCAGCAGUCGGUGGCGUAAAGUUCUCCCUUCACUUGGUCGACUGCCAGUACUGGAAGAACUUUGCAUUGAUGACAUGCAUGAAUUAAAGAUAAUUAACCAUGACUUUUGUGGUUCAGCACCUUCUGGUGCAAUUCAAGGCUUCCCAUCAUUGACGAAGUUGAGAUUUCAUGAUAUGCUAGAAUGGGUGACAUGGGAAGGUUUAAAUGCCAUGGACAUGCCUCGUCUCCAACAUCUUAUGAUUGAGGAAUGUCGACAAUUGAAAACCAUACCUUCACUUCAAUACCUUACUUCCCUUGAAAACUUGGAAUUUAGCCAAUGCCCUGCUCCAUUGCCAAUGCAACUACUACUUGAUUCACUUGGAUCAUUGAUUAUCAACGAAUGA